GUCAUUAAGUAUAUAAUUAAUAAAAAGUAACGGAAGAGUCAUUUAUUUUGUAUCUUAGCGAGAAGAGGUAUCUCUCUGUAUCUUCUAUCAAUGGCGGAUUCGCGUGAUGAUCUAGCUGAAUCGCUACAAAACCUCUUCACAAGUGUAUCAACCAUGGUCAAAUCCGAGCUCCAGGGAACGAACAAUCAACUGGAUCUAUUGGAGAAGAUGAAUCUGAGAGUCGCGUCGGAGUACGAUGAUCUAGGUGACGUGGCAGCUGGGCUGAGAGUGUUCGCGGAGCAGAUGAAAUCGAAAAGUGGUGGCUUUGAUGAGUUUGUCGGACAAAUCGACGCAAUCGAGAAACAAGUGUCGGAGUUCGAAGCUGUGAUCUCUGUUCUAGAUCGAUAUGUCUCUGUUCUCGAAUCCAAAAUUCGAACUGAGUAUCGUCAUCCUCAUCAUUCAUCGUCAUCAUCAUCAUCGCUCUAAUGACUCUGUUUGAUUACAGAUUGAUUGAUUUCUUUUAAUUAGCACCAUUGUGUAACAAAUACUCAUCGUUGAGGUUAAGAUAAGAAAAGAUUUUUGUCUCCA